UAACUGAUGCGUUGCUCAAUCAUCAACAGUCGUCCGACUAGCACCCAAGUGACAAUAUCUUAAAGUUUAAGAUUCUCAUCCAAAACAAUAUACCAAGAUGUUUCGCAUUAUCGCUGUGAUUUUUGCCCUAUUCGCGGUGGCUUUUGCUGCUCCUGGCUACAUUGAACCCUCUUAUGGAGUGGUUCCUGUGGCUCAUGUGGUUCCCGUGGUGAAGCAUAUUCCGGUGGUGAAGCAGGUUCCGGUGGUGCACCAUGUUCCUGUCGUGAAGCAUGUCCCAGUGGUUCAGCAUGUCCCAGUUCUGAAGUCCUACGCUGUUCCCACCUACGGACACCACAUCUACCACGGUUAGAUCUGGAAAAAAAACGAGUAAUGACAUGGCAUAAAUAAACUACAAACUAAAUGAUACAAAAUA